GCCGGGCGAUCCUCCUGUACUAUACCAGUCGGUGGAGCUGAGCGAUUGAUCAUCGGCAACAAGAAAGGUAGACGAGCAAGCAAGCGAGCUAUCCGCCACGCGCGUUCCCACACGGUAACCGGCGAUGGAGAGGAAGCCGAGCAAGCACGCGAGGUCCCGGAGCGGCGCCGGCGCCGCCCUGGCGGCCUUCCUGCGGUCCACCGCGGCCUCCUUCUCCUCCUCCACCACCAACUUCACAGCCCGCGCCGGGAAUAAGUCCUCCUUCAACCACCGCAACGCCUUCUCCGGCCCCAUGGUCUCCAUCGUCCCUCCCGAGGCGCGCGGCGCCGCGGGGAGGAGGAGGGGGACCAAGAACCAGGGCGGGACCGGCAGCGGGUACCGGACGCCCGAGGCGUCGUCGCCCAAGGUCUCCUGCAUCGGCCAGAUCAAGCGGAGCAAGUCCAGCAGCAAGGCCAGGAAGAACAAGAGCCGCAAGGCCGCAAAACCCGCGCCCCUGGCCUGCGGGAUGGACGGCGGCGCCUGCCCGCUCCCGCCGCGCCAUCCUCCGGCGACCGCUGCCUCCAGGCCCAAGAGCUCGCUCGUGAGGCGGAUGCUCUUCCGCCGCACCAGGUCGCGCCCCUCCUCGUCCUCCACCAAACCCAUCUCCGCUGCUCCCGACGGUUUCAAGGGGAGGCGUAGCUCCGUGGCCGCGGCGCCGGCGGGCGGCCUGGGCCAGAUGAAGCGGUUCACGAGCGGCCGCGCGGCGCUGCAGGACUUCGACUGGACGACGGACGACGACGAGCAUGCGGACGCCGACGGGUACGGCUACGACUCGUACGAGGACGACGGCUUCGUGGCGCACUCGGCGCCGCUGGUGCUCGGCGGCGGGGUGGUGGCGUCCGAGCCCAGGAAGGAGGUCAACCUCUGGCGGCGCCGCCCCAUGUCGCCGCCCACCCCGCUGCAGCUCCCCUCAAAGUAG